AUGUUUCGUCAAUGGAAUUCCUUUAUUCGGAUAAUUGAAGACAGGGACAUUGUUCCUUACCAGAACUAUGAUGCUCCUUCUAGUUCUGAUUUUGAGUGGGAUCUUCCUAUAUCAACAGAUGGGCAAUAUUUUCCAAUAUUCCCUCCUCUGGAAACCUUCAAGCCUAGAAUCGAUCCUCUGACAAAUGAACAAGAAUACUACCUCACCGUAGUAGACUUCCCCAUUGCAAAUCAUGUUGAUCUCUUAUGUAUUGUAAAGGAGCUGAACCGAAGAAUCCCUUCAAAGGAAACAACCAAAGCAACCCUCAUUCCUAUCAAAACAUAUCUCCAAAGAACAACUCUUGAGAUAGUUGAAAUUGAUUUUGAGAUAAACCCUCUAAUUCCUUUGGCUCACUUUAAAGAGAUGGACUCCAACCUUGAUGGAAUCGAAGAUCAAGACUUCGGUAUCACAAACACUCCUGAACUAGGAAUCAUUUGGCCAAGAAGAAAAAUAGUUCUUCCAUUUGAGCUAGAAACAUCGGCGCUCAAAUUCAUUUCUAAAGAGCCUCAUGAAAGUUUCCCUUGA